AUGUCCCCAUCUUCCUCCCCGCGAAGAGAUAGAGACCACCUCCCCUUCCCUCAUAAUCAUGUUAAUAUCCCACCCCAAUUCCACUCGAUGAUAGCGGGCGCAGGCGCAGGUCUAGUCGCGUCCAUAACUACAUGUCCAUUGGACGUCGUCAAGACCCGUCUGCAAGCCCAACACUUCGCAAGGGGUUCAGAAGGCUACGAGUCGGUCAGUAUCAUCAUAUCGAAGAUAUGGAAAUCUUCAGGUCCCAAAGGGUUUUAUAGAGGAUUAGGACCGACACUGGCGGGGUAUCUGCCAACUUGGGGGAUUUAUUUUACGGUGUAUGAUUUGGUCAAAGAUAGGGCGGGUGGAUGGAAUGCUAGUCAUGGUCCACUACAAGGUAACACCGCCAUUGUCCACAUCUUCGCAGCUAUGACAGCGGGAGCAACAGGGACGAUCAUGACCAAUCCGCUAUGGGUGGUGAAAACCAGAUUCAUGGCCCAGGCAGGUACGGCCGACUCAUCAUCGCGGUAUCGCACGACAAUAGGCGCUAUACGGUCUAUAUAUAGGACAGAAGGAUUUAGAGCGUUCUAUAAAGGUCUAUUACCUUCGUUGAUGGGAGUUAGUCAUGUUGCGGUGCAGUUCCCUUUGUAUGAGAAGGCGAAGUCAUGGGCAGACUCAGACAACGGUGAUCAUUCCUCUUUACCACCCACUACCAUCCUAGCCUGUUCAGCAUUCUCCAAGAUGGUAGCUUCAUUGUGUACCUACCCUCACGAGGUCCUCAGAACAAGAUUACAGAUACGUAAAUCUUCUUCUUCAACUGUCACAGAAACAACAAGCGGGAAAAGUAAAUUACAUCCUCAAUCUAUACCUACCGGGGCCACCUCCGCUACACCAUUAUAUUCACCUUUAGUUACGGGCAAUCAACCUCCCCAUCCCCAUGCUCAGACGAAUUUCAACUCUCAUCCAUCGAUAAACAAUCCUAUACCAAACCCAUUACCUAAAAUUGAAUUACCAAAACCUCCAUGGUACAAGCAAAUCAUACAUAAACCCAAGAAAGGAGGAGUGAUAUAUACUUUCUUACAAAUAAAGAACCAAGAUGGUUGGAGAGGUUUUUAUAGAGGUUUAUCAAUAAAUUUAGUUAGGACUGUGCCGAAUUCGGCUGUUACUAUGUUAACAUACGAACUCAUCAUGCGUAGAUUGUCAUCAUUUUCAGAUCAAUAG